AUUUGCGUUCAAAAAAUGGUGAAACAAAUCAAACGGAAGGGCCACUCCCCACGUGUCGUUCAACAAAUCACCUGAUUUCCUCACGUUUUGUGACAUCCUUUUCAGGAAAUUUAUUCUUCAUGACAAGGCUCUCAUUCUGAAGUAUUAUUCAAUCAUCUGCGUCACAUCACCAAUUCUGCACACCCCAGCAAGAUCUGUUAGGUCCCACUUCAAUUAUUAUUCUUCCACAACUUGUACAUAUUGUUCACCAGUUCACUUCGCCUGGUCUAAAUUCUCCGGGCUAUCCCACCCUCCCCCAAAACACUGAAUGAAGAAUCCUCGAAAAAAACAAAACCGUCGAUACCUCACAAUAGCCCCUCUUGCCCGGUCCCUCCUCCACCUCUUCCUCCUCCCCCACCUCCUCCUGCUCUCGAUGCACCCCCGAUUUUUUCCAACCCCCAGAACAGAGUGAAACAUCGAGGUAAGUCGACAGUGUGAAAAUAUGAAAGGUCAAAAGUAGCUAUGAAAGCGCGGUGGAAAUAUCGACUGGAGCUCGUGCGGAUCGAAGGGGGUGAGCAGAGGGGGAUUUUAAGGGUGGGGUGUCCUACCCUAGUCACGGAUGACCGAGAAACGUGAGGUACAAAGGGGAGGGGGUUGAUAAGCGAGGAUAGCGUGGACGAAAUCGGGACAGAAGUACCAGUGAUCGUAGCUCGAGCGAAUCAGUGAAAACUAAAGAAAUAAAAUUCCCCCGAAAAUUAGCUGAAUAAAAACAUUUUCUUGUUAACAAAGGGACAUUGCGUUACUGUGAAGAUUGUUUUUUUUUAUCAUUAUCGAUGCGUCGAAAGGAGAAAUACCCACAAGCGCGCAUCGCAGUUUGCGCGAUCGUCGUGUUGAGUGAUAAUCCAUAAAAUAAAAUAAACAAUUAUUCGAUUUUUAUGAGUUAAAUUGAAAGGACAUAUUUCAAGUGAAUUUGAAUAUAAAGAGAGAAUCUCCAAUGGAAAUACAUCCGGGUCUCGUUGAACGAGGCCGUCCCCAGGACACCCGGCGCACAAGGGGGGACGGGCGUGCCAUCGAUAUUUAACGAAUAAUAAAUCCACCCCUUUCAAUUACCAAAUCAACAAUGUUGUAAUUAAUAACUGGGAUACAAUGGUUCUUGUCAGCGGGGCCUACUCAUUCCACAACGGUUCCAUUGGAGAACCAGAAACACGCACGCGUCACUUGAACAACUGCGUGCAUUGAAUUUAAUAGAUUGUUGAUAUUUUUUCAUUAUUGAUAAAAGGAAUUUUACUGAAUUUCACAUGACGAUUUAAGGAUUAUCGGGUGGAGGGGACGAAUGAAGAGAAAUGAACGAGCUUUACUCUUAACGGUGAGUCGCCUGUCCCGGCGGCGUUAAAGCGGGAAGAACCUAGAGAACUAUUUGAGGCCUCAAAUACCAAUUCCACGAGAAGGAGAGUAAAUAAAAAAAAUCCUAAAAAAUGUAUGCGGCGGCGGGUGGUGCGAGCAUAGCAAAACGUCGCAAUCAGAAGCGCCUGCAGUUGAAUAAGCAGCGUUUGGAGGCAACCCAUACUGCUGGAGUGAGAAAACCAACGGCGAUAAUAACUGGACAUCAAGUGACCAAGCCAUCCCGUACGCACUUAGCACCACAGCCACAAGCACAGACAUCGAGUCCGUACCACUCGUCGCAUUGCAAUCAUGCUCAUGGGCAUAAUCGUCGUAGGAGAAAUGAUAAAUUAACACCAAAUCGUUUGGCACCGCCUGUAUCACCGAUAUUUCCUAUAUCACCGCCACCGCUAUCACUGGAAUCACAAAACUCCGUAACGCUUCCACUCAAGUCUAGUAAUUUUCCCUUUCCGCCGCCCUCGUUUCUCGAUCUCAGGUCACCAUCACCUUCUGAGCUACAGUGCGGAGGCCAGGGACCAGGGAAAGCGGCUUGGCAAGGUUGCAGUAGACCAUCGCCGCUUCCUCUGUCUCCGGCGUCGCCACACGGCUCGCGUGAUGGAUACAAGACUAAACAAUGUGAAGCACAUAGGAGAUGGAUGAAGAGAAACAGGAUACGAGAUGCGAGUUAUUGUUAUGGCAGUAGUGGAGAGGACGAUGAUGAAGAUGGAAGUAGCCUGACGAAUCGUCGUCGUGGUGAAGUGAAUGCUGCCUUCAACACAGUUUUAUACGCUGGCCUCGGUACAACAGCACUUGGUCUUGUAAUAUCGUUCGUUGGCACCGGUGAAAAAGGCUUCCUCAGUCCUGAACUUCGGCUUGUUGGGCCAACUCUACUAUGCGCUGGUCUCCUGUGCUGUCUCCUUCGGGUACUACUGUGCAUAUGUUUGUGUCGUUGCUGUGGUGACUGUAGAUGGACACCAUGUCGUGUUGUUAUCGUUGACAAGGAUAAAAUGAAAAAAUUGGAGCCAACAGCAACAACACUGUUACCACAAACGAGCCAACAAACAGUGACAACUGUAACUAAACCAACUAAAACGAUAGCUGGUGUAGGAACAGCAUCAUCAUCAUCCCAAUCAGCACCAGUAAAGGCUCACGAACUACUGCUCUCCCCCGCCCAAUUGCCAGAGUGAUAACUUAUUUUCCAUUAAUUUCUUCUUUUUGUGAUGACAAACAAUUUUUUACCUCUGAAGAAGAAAAUUUAAUCACGCGAUUUACGAAGAGUCGUUAAAU